AUUCGUCAUUUAGAAGAAAUCCUAUGGCCCUUCCCUUUACCUACAGAAAGUAGAAUACAAGAGACUACAUAGUUGAAGAAAUUCUGGCCUCCUGGAAUGAGAGACAUUCAAGUCUAAGUAGGUUCCAGCUGAAGAAAAAUAAACAACACUUUCACCACUGUGUAGACUGAAAUAGGGGGGGAAAAAUGAACAUCACUAACUGUACCCCAGAAGCCAGUGUGGCUGUGAAACCCAAGACCAUCACUGAGAAGAUGCUCAUUUCCAUGGCUCUGGUGAUCAUAACCACCUUGACGAUGUUGCUGAACUCGGCGGUGAUCAUGGCCAUCUGCACCACCAAGAAGCUCCACCAGCCUGCAAACUACCUGAUAUGUUCUCUGGCUGUGACAGACCUCCUGGUAGCAGUUCUUGUCAUGCCUCUGAGCAUCAUGUACAUUGUCAUGGACAGCUGGAAGUUUGGGUACUUCAUCUGCGAGGUGUGGCUGAGUGUGGACAUGACCUGCUGUACCUGCUCCAUCCUCCAUCUCUGUGUCAUUGCCCUGGACAGAUACUGGGCCAUCACCAAUGCUAUUGAAUAUGCCAGGAAGAGGACUGCCAAGAGGGCUGGACUGAUGAUCCUCACUGUCUGGACUAUCUCCAUCUUCAUCUCCAUGCCCCCUUUGUUCUGGAGGAGCCACCGCCUACUCAGCCCACCUCCCAGUCAGUGCACCAUCCAGCACGACCACGUCAUCUACACCAUUUACUCCACGCUUGGGGCAUUUUAUAUCCCCUUGACUUUGAUACUGAUUCUCUAUUACCGGAUUUACCACGCGGCCAAGAGCCUCUACCAGAAAAGGGGAUCAAGCCGGCACUUAAGCAACAGAAGCACGGAUAGCCAAAAUUCUUUUGCUAGUUGUAAACUUACCCAGACUUUCUGUGUGUCUGACUUCUCCACCUCAGACCCUACCACGGAAUUUGAAAAAAUCCACACCUCCAUCAGGAUCCUUCCCUUUGACAAUGAUCUAGAUCACCUGGGAGAACGCCAGCAAAUAUCUAGUACCAGGGAGCGUAAAGCAGCACGCAUCCUGGGCCUGAUUUUGGGUGCAUUCAUUUUGUCUUGGCUGCCAUUUUUCAUCAAAGAAUUGAUUGUAGGUCUGAGCAUCUACACUGUCUCCUCUGAAGUGGCUGACUUUUUGACGUGGCUUGGUUAUGUUAAUUCUCUGAUCAACCCUCUGCUCUACACAAGUUUUAAUGAAGACUUCAAGCUGGCUUUUAAAAAGCUCAUUAGGUGCCGAGAACAUACCUAGAUGUAGAAAGCCAAAAAGCAUGACUUUUACCAGCCUCGUUAAUGGACGAGAGUAAGGGGCGCAAUUUAUUAAUUCUUGAACAUAGUAGGUUCAGGAGCGUUUGUAAGUAUGUGUCAUCUUGAUUUUUGCUUAUUUCUUUUGUUCUGUUUUGCUUGAGGCUUGUUAUUAAGUGUGCUGUUUUCUAUCUUUGGUCUUAUAUGUGGUAUGUAAUUUUAAAUAAACUUUAUAACACAAA